AUGUCACAACCGUUAUUGUUAGACGGCUUUUCCAAAGAUGCCCCCUCUGCACCAUCCGUAAAGCUCCGAUACGCUGAUGUUGCUGUAACAGGAACUGCCAAAGAGUUCUCCGGUGUAUAUCGGGGCAAACAAUACCAUGAGGCCGACUUCGAUGCAGUGCUAGAUCGCGCAUUGGCCGCAGGGGUGGAAAAAGUCAUGCUCACGGGCAUGUACGCUUCCGACGCGCAACUCAAUCUCGCAGUGGCCCGGUAUCGACCAGAGCAAGUCAAGGUCACUAUGGGCGUGCAUCCGUACCAUGCCGUUGAAGCAGAUGAAGGUGGUGAGGAAUACUAUCAGGACCUCUCCCACAAUAUCACAACGAUCCUCAACGACAAAGAAGACUCGCAUUUGUUGGCCGCUUUCGGGGAGCUCGGCUUAGACUACGACAAAUUGGGCGAAGCACCCCAAGACGUUCAGAUACGCGUGUUCAAGCGACAGCUCGAUAUGAUCGUGAACACAGGGUGGGAGCUGCCUCUGUUUCUUCACUGUCGCGCCGCGUUCGAUGAUUUCAUCUCCAUACUUGAACCAUAUAUGGACCAGCUGCCUUUGCGAUCUGGCUUAGUUCACUCGUUCGUCGGAACUAGAGAGCAGAUGCAGAAACUGGUCGCGAUGGGCUUACAGGUUAGCGUCAACAACUUUGCCUUCCGAGACCGCGACAGCUUGGAAAUGAUCAGACAUUUACCACUACCCAACUUGCAGAUCGAGACAGACGCCCCGUGGGGCGAUAUUCAAGCGUCUAGCGAAGUGGCUAAAGCGUAUCUGAAGAAUGCAUCCAAGUGGCCUUGGGGGAACAAGAAGAAGGACAAGUUUACUAGGGGUGACAUGGUGAAAGAGAGGAAUGAGAGUUGCAAUAUGGAAAAGGUGGCUUUGGUUGUGGCUGGCAUUAAGGGCAUCAGUGUAGAGGAAGUUGCAGCGUGCGCGUGGAGUAAUAGCAUGACUAUGUUCUUUGCGCGUGGCUGA